AUGACAGACGCCGACAUUUUAACAGACCAGCAGAUUGACGACCUGCUGGCACAGGCUGAAGUCCGCCUGCGGGAGAAGUCAAAGUCCACAAAUGAAGACGAGAUCAGCUUGGAGAUUGUCACACCAACAACGACAUCCAGGAAGAUAAUUCCUAAAAUCCACCAUGGCCUCGUCCGAUCGAGAUAUAUCAAUGACAAGCAGGGUGUCGCUGAGACCAAUGCAAAAGCCAUCUUAGAACGCCAGCAAAGCCUGUUGGCGGAUGGCCUCAGGUCUGUCGAAACGGUUCAGAAGUCCAAGAAAACGAAUGACCAAACCAGUGCAGGCCCAGACUGGUUCGACAUGCCCAAGACACACCUGACUCCUCAAUUGAAGCGCGAUCUGCAACUCAUCGAAAUGCGAUCAGUGCUCGAUCCGCACAGGCAUUACAAGAAAAAUAACAGGAAAGGCAAAGUACCGACAUUCUCGCAGACGGGGACAGUCAUUGAAGGUCCCACAGAGUUCUUCAGCGCAAGAAUCAACAAAAAGGAUCGCUCGAAGAACUUUGUCGAAGAGGCAAUAGCUACCGAGAGGGAGACUGGGCGAUUCAAACGGAAGUACAGCGAAAUCCAGGAGUCGAAGACAAGUGGCAAGAAAGCACACUACAAGAAGCUCAUGGCAAAGAGGAGAAAAAGACCUUGA